AUGCAUCAUAAUAACCAUCAUCAUGGACAUCAUGGUAGAUAUCAACAUCACCAUAAUCAACAUUUAAAGAGACCAUUGAAAGGUGGUACAGAGGAUGAUGACAUUUUAGAGAUUACCCCAAUUGGUAGUGGUAGUGAAGUAGGAAGAUCAUGUGUAUUAUUAAAAUAUAAAGGUAAAAAAGUGAUGUUUGAUUGUGGUGUUCAUCCAGCUUAUUCUGGUUUAGUUUCAUUACCAUUUUUUGAUUCAAUUGAAUCUGAUAUACCUGAUAUUGAUUUAUUAUUAGUUAGUCAUUUUCAUUUAGAUCAUGCAGCAGCAGUACCAUAUUUUGUUGGUAAAACUAAAUUUAAAGGAAGAGUAUUUAUGACACAUCCAACUAAAGCAAUUUAUGGAAUGUUAUUAUCAGAUUAUGUAAAAGUAUCAAAUAUAACGAGAGAUGAUGAUAUGUUGUUUGAUAAGAGUGAUUUAGAUCGUAGUUUAGAAAAGAUUGAAAAGGUUAGAUAUAGACAAAAGGUAGAACAUAAUGGUAUAAAGGUGACAUGUUUUAAUGCGGGACAUGUGUUGGGUGCUGCAAUGUUUAUGAUAGAGAUAGCGGGUGUGAAGAUACUUUACACUGGUGAUUUUUCACGUCAAGAGGAUAGACAUUUAAUGGGAGCAGAGACACCGCCUGUUAAAGUGGAUGUAUUGAUCAUCGAGUCGACAUACGGUGUUCAAGUGCACGAACCACGUCUAGAGAGAGAGAAAAGGUUUACGUCAUCAGUUCAUCAAGUUGUGGAACGUAAUGGGAAAUGUUUGAUACCAGUGUUUGCGUUGGGUAGGGCACAAGAAUUGUUGUUGAUCCUCGAUGAAUAUUGGAUUGCAAAUCCACAAUUGCAUCAUGUCCCCAUCUACUAUGCAAGUGCGUUGGCAAAGAAGUGUAUGGGUGUCUAUAGGACCUAUAUCAAUAUGAUGAAUGACCGUGUUAGAGCACAAUUCGAUGUAUCGAAUCCAUUCGAAUUCAAGCAUAUUAAGAAUAUCAAGGGUAUUGAAUCGUUCGAUGAUAGAGGUCCCUGUGUGUUUAUGGCGUCACCUGGUAUGCUUCAAAGUGGUCUCUCUAGACAAUUGUUUGAACGUUGGUGCUCUGAUAAACGUAAUGGUAUUGUGAUUCCGGGUUAUAGUGUUGAAGGUACCCUUGCCAAACAUAUCAUGUCUGAACCUGCCGAAAUCACACGUCUCGAUAAUGUUAAUGUACCUUUGAAUCUAACGGUUAGCUAUGUUUCAUUUAGUGCCCAUUCAGAUUUCUUACAAACCAGCGAAUUCAUUCAAGAGAUUCAACCACCACAUGUAGUAUUGGUACAUGGUGAUGCGAAUGAAAUGUCACGUUUACGUCAAUCAUUAGUGGCUAAAUUUAAAACAAUCAAUGUUUUAACACCAAAGAAUGCAAUGAGUGUAGCAUUAGAGUUUAGACCUGAAAAAGUUGCAAAAACAUUAGGUUCAAUCAUUACAAAUCCACCAAAACAAAAUGAUAUCAUUCAAGGUAUUUUAGUUACAAAAGAUUUCACUCAUCAUAUACUUUCAGCUUCAGAUAUUCAUAAUUAUACAAAUUUAAAAACAAACAUAAUCAAACAAAAACUCACUUUACCUUUUGCUCAAACUUAUCAUAUUUUAAUUUCAACUUUAGAACAAAUUUAUGAACAAAUUAUAGAAUCAACGGAAUCAACUGGUGGUGGUGGUAAUGAAAAACCAACAAUUACAAUUUAUAAUGAAAUUAAAUUAAUUUAUAAUAUUGGUGUUUCAAUUAUAUUAGAAUGGAAUUCAAAUACUGUUAAUGAUAUGAUUUGUGAUUCGAUCAUUGCUUUAAUCUCACAAAUUGAAUUAAAUCCAUUAAGUAUUAAAGUUAGAAAUCCAAAUUUUAAUAAUAUUGAUGAAAAAGAAGAAAUUACUAAAGAUGAUAUUGAAAAAGAAAAAGAAAAAGAAAAAGAACAACAAGAUGGUGACGAUGAUGAUGAUGAUGAAAUUCAAAUAAAAGUUGUUAGUAGAAAAUCUAGAAAACUUUCAAAUAAAUUAAAUACAAUUACAGAAGUAAAAUUAUUAUUGGAACAACAAUAUGGUAAUUUUAAAGUAGAUGAAAAUGAUCCAUUAAUUUUACAUUUUAAUUUAGAUAAUCAAAAAGCAAUCAUUCAUUUAGAAACUUUAACAGUUGAAUCUUUAGAUCAAAUUUUAAAACAAAAAAUUGAAAAUUCAAUUAAAAGAAUCAUUUUAUCAGUUUCUCCAAUUGGAAAUAAUUUAAAUCAAAUUAAUAAUCAAGAUAAUGAAAAUAAUAUUAAAAUGGAAACUGAUUUUAAAUAA